GUGUUGAUUUUGCCAAGGAGCCACCUCAAAAGCAUAUCAGGUUACUUUGAGUGACAGCGUAACCAUGGCAAAUAAUUUGACUAAGGCUAUUGUCUUAUCCUCACCAUCCGUGGGUCAGAUAACCGACCAAUCAGAGUUCAUAUAAUCGCUUGUCUUGCCAGCUUAGAAUAAUAUUAUUAAAACGAGCCAGCGAGCCCCGUCUUCGGGAGUAGUUUAUGUUGAAACGACAUAGAAAAGGUGGAGGAGGACGGUGGAAGGAGUAGCAACUUUCUUUCUCAACAACUUUAUGGAGAAUAGUUGCCUGGGGUUUCGCAUGGCUGAAUGGACUUGACUUUAUUCCAUAACACGCAGUUGGACAUUGCCUAACACUGGACAAUUUUACGUUUUAGGUAACUCUUUUGGGGAUCUUUUGCCGCUUAUGGACUUAGUGCGUUUUGAUUUGAUGAGAGACUGAGAGGAGAGACGUGGAAGUAAAGUACAUUAUAAUCUGUACUGGUUUACUUGUCGCCAUGUCCAUGCUUCCGACGUUUGGUUUUACGCAGGAACAAGUGGCGUGUGUUUGCGAAGUCCUCCAGCAAGGGGGGAACAUCGAGCGACUUGGGCGCUUUCUGUGGUCCCUCCCGGCGUGCGAGCACCUCCACAAAAAUGAGAGCGUCCUCAAAGCGAAAGCCGUAGUCGCUUUUCAUCGGGGGAACUUCCGAGAGCUCUACAAGAUCCUGGAGAGCCACCAGUUUUCGCCGCACAAUCACCCGAAGCUGCAGCAGCUGUGGCUCAAGGCGCACUAUAUCGAGGCAGAGAAGCUGAGAGGCCGUCCGCUGGGCGCUGUGGGGAAGUACCGGGUCCGGAGAAAGUUCCCCCUGCCCCGCUCUAUCUGGGACGGAGAGGAGACGAGCUAUUGCUUCAAAGAGAAGAGCAGGAGUAUCCUCCGGGAGUGGUACACCCACAACCCUUAUCCAUCCCCACGGGAGAAAAGAGAGCUGGCCGAGGCCACAGGACUCACGACCACGCAGGUCAGCAACUGGUUCAAAAACCGACGGCAAAGAGACCGAGCAGCCGAGGCAAAGGAAAGAGAAAACAACGAGAACUCCAACAGCAACAGUCACAACCCACUGACUUCUUCUAUUAAUGGAAAUAAAACUAUUUUGGGGAGUUCGGAUGACGAUAAAACACCUUCUGGGACUCCGGAUCACACGUCUCCGAGCCCGGCUCAGCUCCUCGGCGCAAACACCGGUUUACCGUCCCUGCACGGCCUUGCGCCCCCGCCGGGACCCAGCGCAAUCCCGGUACCCAGCGGCGCAGACUCGAUGCACCAUCAUCACUCAUUGCACCAUGACAGCAUACUGAACCCUAUGUCUUCUAAUCUAGUGGACCUUGGCUCUUAAAAACCGUCACUGAAGAGAGACAGACAGCCCCAUUUUUUUUGGAAAAUAAUUUACGAGGUGGUGUGAGUUAAGCUUCAAGCACUUGCGGCACGGUGCAAGGCAGACAGACUGGAACACUGCGAAAACAGCCACCGUAACAAAUCAUUUAGUCUCAUAUCAACCUUUAAAAUCUUUUUCAACAAAUGGGGGGAAAAAAUCUGCCAGUGAGCGCAACACCUCCUCUUAUCCCCGAACUGAACGAGCCCUUCUUUCGGGGAUUUUCUAGAAUCAAGAGUCCAGAGCAGAGCACUUAAGAACUUUCCAAAUAUACUUAAACAGGACCCUACCGACUUAUUUUUUCGUUAAUUCGCUUGAGGAAAAUAUAAUUUGAAAAGUAAUAGUUUUGAGAUGGCUUGUUUUGCAGCAGUGGCGAGGAUAAAGGAGAAAUUGGAUUAAAGAAAGAAAGAAAGAACUUUACGGAAUGUAACAACGUAACAUGUUAUAUUGUUGAAAACAAUAAAGUGUCUUAAUUCUUGUUACUAUUAGCCUACAGUUGUUAUUUUAGGGGGUUAGAUUAGCCUUUAUUACCGGACUCUAUAGGCACAAAGUUAAGGAUAUCCAUCGCCUUUCUGUUUACAUAUAGUUUUUGAAGAGAGCCAUAAACAGUUAUUUUUUGGUUUUUUUGUUUGUUUGUUCGUGGGAGGGUGGGCUGAUGGGGUAUGCCAGUUUUAAGUGUCUCAUAGGAGCCGUGAUAAGAUAAAAUAUUCUAACCCCUUGAUAUUAUUAUUAUUAUUAUUAUUUGCAUUUUCAUUUGGAAAGAGAUUGCAUGUAAACUGCGAUAAAUGAUGAAACAUAAAACGAUUCACCUAUAGUUUCAUAUACCCUUUACAAUAAAAAAAAAAAAAGUCAAACACGUGGAAUAAAGUCGAGAAAUUCUUUGAUUCUGAA